UUUCUCUGCUGGUGAAUUGAACGGUAGUUCUUUUCAUAACUUAACUAAUUGAAGUCAAUAAGCCAAGUGUAAAAAAGUGAAGAUGUCCAAAAUCGGUAUUAACGGAUUCGGUCGCAUCGGUCGUCUGGUACUACGUGCCGCUGUCGAGAAAGGUGCCCAAGUUGUUGCGGUCAACGAUCCCUUCAUCGAUGUAAACUACAUGGUUUACUUGUUCAAAUUCGAUUCGACCCAUGGUCGUUUCAAGGGCACCGUUGCUGCUGAUAACGGAGCACUUGUCGCCAACGGCCAAAAAAUCACUGUCUUCAGCGAACGCGACCCAGCCAACAUUAACUGGGCUAGCGCUGGUGCUGAAUACGUUGUAGAAUCGACUGGUGUCUUCACCACAAUCGAUAAGGCUUCUGCUCACUUCAAGGGUGGUGCCAAGAAGGUAAUUAUUUCGGCACCAUCUGCCGAUGCACCAAUGUUUGUUUGCGGUGUCAACUUGGACGCCUACAAGCCUGACAUGAAGGUCGUAUCUAAUGCAUCUUGCACCACCAACUGUUUGGCACCUUUGGCUAAGUUCGGUAUUGUUGAAGGUUUAUCUUCAACUGGUGCCGCUAAGGCUGUAGGCAAAGUUAUCCCUGAAUUGAACGGCAAACUGACUGGUAUGGCAUUCCGUGUCCCAACACCAAAUGUCUCAGUUGUCGACUUGACUGUACGUCUUAAUAAGCCAGCUACAUAUGACCAAAUCAAGCAAAAGGUUAAGGAAGCUUCAGAGGGCCCAAUGAAGGGUAUCUUGGACUACACCGAUGAAGAGGUAGUAUCUACCGAUUUCGUCAGUGACACACACUCAUCUGUCUUCGACGCUAAGGCUGGUAUUCCCCUGAACGAUCAAUUCGUUAAGUUGAUCUCAUGGUAUGAUAACGAAUUCGGCUACUCCAACCGCGUCAUCGAUCUGAUGAAAUACAUGCAGAGCAAGGACUAAAGUGGAUAUGAGAACAAUUUAAAACAGAAGUAUUGCAGCUCGUAUGGGUUUAAUAAACGUAUACACACAAUAGAUCAGCAGCAUUUAAUCCCAAUAAACGAAUUAAAAUCCGCUUUACUUCUGUAACAACUGAAAAUAAAGUAGUAUGCAUAUGUUUACAUCUAAUUAUCAGAUGAUCCAACUGAAAUUAAAUUAU